AGCUUGUGUGUGUGUGUGUUAAUAACCAUCUUGCUGACCAGGUGUCAUGCGCGCGUGCAUGUGUGUUUAUAAGUCCAGCUGGCUCACAGUGAUCAGCUCAGUCUUCAUCAGCAGCAUUAUCAGGUUGAUACGCGCGAGUCAACAUGAGCCCCAAUCGAGUCGUGUUCAAGAAAACAUCUCGCGACAAAUCUGUGAGCAUCUACAUGUCCAACAGAGACUUUGUGGAUCACUGUGAUCAUGUGGAUCCAGUCGACGGCGUGAUCGUCAUCGAUCCUUCUCAGCUGAGAGGAAAAAAAGUCUACGUGAUGAUGUCGUGCACCUUUCGCUACGGCCGCCAGGACGUGGACGUGAUGGGCGUGGCUUUCAGGCGCGACCUGUUCUUGGCCACCCGGCAGGUGUACCCCGAGUUGCAGGACAAGGACCAGCUGACUCACACCAGAGUUCAGGAGAAGCUGCUCAGGAAACUUGGUGACAACGCCUUCCCCUUCUUCUUGGAGUUUCCUGACAACCUGCCAAACUCUGUCAGUCUGCAGCCAGGACCUUCAGACGUGGGAAAGAAAUGUUCGGUGGAGUUUGAGGUGAAAGCGUUCUGUGCGGAGAAGCGGGACGAGAACAUCAACAAAGAGAGUUCAGUUUGUCUCACCAUCCGCAAGAUCCAGUACAGUCCACCAGACAGUCAGGUGGCACCCGUCGCUGAAACCACCUUCGACUUCCUGAUGUCUGAGAAACCUCUUCAAGUCAAACUGAGUCUGCCCAAAGAGACAUUCUACCACGGUGAGCCGGUCCACGCUGACGUGAAGAUCACCAACUCCUCAAACAGACGCAUGAAAGACAUCAGCUUGUCAGUGGAUCAGGUGACCAAUGUCAUCCUCUACUCCAACGACAAGUAUGUCAAGUCUGUGGCCCGAGAGGAAACAAGCGAUUGUGUUGCACCAGAGUCCAGUUUGGAGAAGAAGUACACUUUGUAUCCUCUGCUGGUACACAACAAGGAACGCAGAGGACUCGCGCUGGAUGGACGCCUCAAACACCAGGACACCAACUUGGCGUCCUCCAGCAUAGUGAGGCAGGAGGUCGUGAAGGAGCUUCAAGGCAUGUUGGUGUCUUACAAGUUGGUGUUGAAGAUGAUGGCUGCAGGACCUCUGGGAUCCAGUGAGGUUUGCGUGGAGCUUCCUUUCAGACUGAUGCAUCCUAAACCCGAAACAGUGCGUCGUCUUCUUCUCAGCGAGUCGGACGACAUUUCCUUCGAGGACUUUAAACGAUCUUUCCUGAGGGGCGUGAUCGGGGAGGACGACGAGUCUCCGAGUGACACCUGA